ACAGAGAGCCAUGCAGGUCUGAAGUGUGUGAGGGUCUCUCAGCUGAAGCUGCCUCCCUCCCUGGAAGAUGGUCCUGCUGCUCGGUCUGCUUUUAAUCCUCUGUGGAGCCCCGAGUCUGUGUCUGGAGGAAGACACAUCCUUUCUCUUGGAUGGAGACAUCCGUCACUUGGCCGUGGACAGUAACACGGUUUACAUCGCCACUGAAGAGAAACUGUACCAGCUGAACCACGACCUGACCCCGGUCCACAGUCUGACCCUGAGAGGAGUCCUGAAUCCGGACACGGAGGACUUCUCCAGAGUUCCUGCUGCCGCUGACUGGAACGCAACUUUCAGGGUCAAUGUUUUAUUACCGUUUGAGAAGAAUCAGUCUGUGAUCAGCUGCGGUGUGAUCGAUGGAGCGUGUGGAUACUGUGAGAUUCUGGACCUGAACAACAUCUCCAACAUUCUGCACAAGGAAAACUUCCAGGUGGGACCAGCCAAAUGCAGCAGCGCGUCCGUCGCUUUUCUGGUGACCCUGAAGAAAAGCCAGCCUCGCAGUGACUCUUAUAUUCUGACUGCGAUACAACAGGACGGGUCUGGAGAGGAGAAAUGUCCCUCUGAUUCAGGAACUGUAAACCUUCACAACACUGAGGACACUUCCACCGGGGGGAUAUUUUCUCUCAAUGAGGCGUCUGGCGUACCCACCAUCGAAAGCAAAGGGAACUUGGAGUUCGUGGACGGAUUUCAGAUCAACUCGAUCAUUUAUCUGCUCGCCAAUGAGCCAUCAGGCAGUGAAAACAGCGAAGUCCAUCUGUUUUGGCUCGACGACAUUUUAAAGAAAAAAGAGAUUCUGGAGUCUCUGAGGUUAGCGACUCUCAUCCUCCCUGAUGGUGGCAGCAGACUGCUGGCCUCCUCGGUCGUCCCCGGUGGUCUGCGGACGCUUUGGAGCGGCGUGUUCAGUGUGGAUGGAGGACAAACCAACACCCAGCUGCUGCUGUUUGACAUCAGUCCUGGUUUUCUUAGGAUCAUAUCAAGGCAGCAUCGUUUCUCCUCAUCAAGAUCAAUCAACGAUUUUCCAUGGUGGCUUAGACAGCAGGUUCAGCCGACAGUUCUCCUCAGACAGAGCAACAUGACCUCUGUUCUGGCAGUGAGGCAGAACAGCUGGAUGGUUUUCUUCAUCGGGACUGGAGACGGGCAGCUCAUCAAGCUUGCUGUGGACAGGGACUAUCACCCCACCUGUCCCACAGUGCUCUACAUGUCCAACCAGGACCGCCGAGUGUUUCCCAGAAUGCACCUGGAUCCAGUGGAUCAUAAACAUGUGUAUGUGCCAUUUCAAAAUGAGGUGAAGCGUGUGGCUGUAGCAAAGUGCAGCACACACACAAAUGUCCAGGAGUGGUGGACUGCUCAGGAUCCAUACUGUGUGUGGUGUGUCUCCAAAGAAAGCUGCACCUUUGAAGAUGACUGUGAGGACUCCGACUGGCUGUCCAUUCCUGAUGUCUUCCAGCAGAAACUGAUUUCCCACAAAGUUGUUGAAGACGGGACUGGACAGCUCACUCUGAACAUCCAGACUCAUGUGAGUGUGAGCAAAGAGACGCGGUUCGCCUGUCAGUUCUCCACAACUUCUGGGGAGCUUUGUAGCCGGGAUGGCCUUCCUCCACAGUUCCCACAAUGCACCUGCUUCCUUUCUAAGCAGACCGUUCCUCCUGAAGGCCUGCUGGUCACUGUAAAGAUGGCGCUUGGCUCAACAAGUCUGACCGAACAACUGCAGUUAAUGAACUGUUCUGAUAUGAGUGGACCACCAACCCGAGUCUUGUGUCAGCAGUGUAUCAAAGCCGGCUGUAAAUGGAGCAACAACGGCUGUUCCUGGGCUAAUGAACGACUUCCAGAUGACAGUGUGUGUCAAACGCUGCAGUCUGAGCUGAACUUUCCUAAGCCUGAGAUCUCCUCCAUCAGCCCCAGCAUUGUGUCUUUCUAUGGAAGAAACCACGCAGUGUUGUCAGGUGGUAACCUCAGCGGUGUGACCGGAGUGAGGAUGCAGGCAGACCUGGACUGUACGCCACAGGAGUCUCCUGUCUGGAACAACAGCGGCUCCAGUUUGACCUUCCACAUUCCCAGAGCAAACCGUAAAGGGACAGUGAAAGCCUGCGUUCUCCUCCCAGACGGCAGUUGCCACGGUGACGCGAGCAUCACCUACCAGUCGUCACCUUCCUGUCGAGACAUUUCACCGAAGAACUCCUGGAUCAGUGGGGGGAGGAAGAUCACACUCACUGGAUCUCACCUGGAGUUUGUGGAGGGGGUCAUUCACAGCCGAGCCCCUCAGGAAGUCCAACCUCCGACUGACAGGAACCAUCAGAAUCUCACCUUCAAGUCACCUGCAGCUACAAAUCCCUCCACAGUUUCCAGCAGUUCUCUUCUGUUGACAGUGGCCAAUGAAACCUUGAUCUGCUCCACAAACCUGAUCUACCAUCCAGACCCAGAGUUCACCAGCUUCACAUCCACACAGAGGGGUGACCACGUCCAGAUCACCAUACAGAGAAAAGCAGACAAACUGGAGAUAACACCAGCGGAGUUGUCAGUAUGGGGGGAGCAGGAGGAGAAACGAUACCCCUGCAUCAUGGAAGACAAAGACCCCGGUGAAGAGUUCAACUUUUACUCUUGUGAGAUUCAGAGCCCACCCAGCGCACAGUUCCAGACGUUAAUGAUUAAAUACGGUGACAAGACAGUGUCACUUGCUCCUCCAAUGUUAAUGCCUCCAGUCAUUGUCAUCCUGUGCUUCAUGCUGAUCCCCUAUGUUAUUGCUGACUUUUCUCUUUCACAGAAUUCUAUUGAAUGGUUCCCUGCUUUUGAUAAUCAAUGUGUUCUUCUUCAUUUGUGACUAAAAUUGUGUUUUUCAUUGAUUUGAACUGGAAUGUGUUUUUUCUUUUGUUUUUUUCGCGCUGGUGUUUGUCUGUCUAUGCGAUAAGAAAGUCACCACUAAGAGGAACAAGCACUGAUCACUGGUGCUGUUUUAUAAGAAAAAAGUUAAAUAUCCUCAAAAAAAGGUUUGGAUUUGUUGUUUUUAUUAGUAAUUUCAGUUGCUUGUAUGUCUGCACUUUAAAUGUGGCUGUAGUGGUUAAAGCUUCGAAACACCACAGGCAGCGUCUCCAUUUCUGUUAUUUUUAAAGUCUGAUUUACUAUUCAAUCAUUUCUUUUGGUUUGUUGUGAAGCAGAUACUGUGACCAGCAAAGACAGAAUCCAUCAGAUGUCAGACUGAAUGUACGUCACUGGGAUCAGGUUCUCAUGUUUAUGUAUCUCAUGUUUACUGUAUAAUUGCUUAUGGGAAACAUUUUAACCAUAUGAAGCAUCUGUUUUGUAUUUUUAUUUACUUUAGAUCAUUUAUCGCUCAUAUUUACAACAAAUGUAUUGCAAAUUUUUGUCUAAGUCUGGUAUCCCUCAGACUUCCCUCCAUUUUUAUGAAUUUGUUUAAAGCAAAAUAAAAGCAAAUUUUUUUUAUUCAAAUGUUUCUUGUAUUAACCAGUUUGACAGACUGUGUACAUGUU